UUUCGCGCGUCGUUCGAUGCAGUACACGAAUAAUAUAUUCUGUCAUACUUAUAUAUAUAUAUUUUUUUUUUCAUUACGUGGACAUCAAAUAUCAAUAUAAAAAAAAAAUUAAAUUAAAUCGAUUAUUACAAACGAAAUCAAGUGAAAAAAAAUUAUAAAAAUUGAAAUGAAAAAAUUAUCAACUAUUCAACGAAAUAUUCAGAUAAGUUAAUUAGAAAAAAUCGCGUAGCUUAAAAUUUAGCAUUAAAUAAACUUCUUUGAUUAUUUCAUAAAAUUAUAUAAAUAUUUUUUGAUUAUUAAAAGCUCAUGCUGACAAUUUUCUUCUUUUUUUUUCGUUUAUAUUAUAAAUUUAUAAUUAAUCAAUUUCAAAAAAAUAUAUGUGACACUAAUUUAAAACAUAAGCUUUUUUUAAAUUAAUUUCAUAUAAAAUAUAUAUAUUUAUUUUUUGUAAAUAUUUAUUCAAAUAUAUUUUUUUUAUCAUGUUGACAGUUUUUAUUCAAAUAAAUUUUUAAUCUUUUUUCAUCAUAUGCAUAUUUCACACGUUUUUGCACCCUCUCUAUAAAUUUUUUUUAUUUUUUAUAUGAAAUAAAACUUGUGUGUCAUGUGUUUUUAUAAAAACAUCAUAGAUAAAUAAUUUUGUAUUGGUGUUGUGUAUCUAAAUAAGGUUUUCAGCCGUAGUAAACCGUAAACUUAGCACGGCGAUAAAAAUAAUUAGGUGUCAUGCACUUACAGUCUACCUCUUUUUUUUUCCAAUUAAAAAAUAAUUUCAAUAAGAGUGUGCUAGGUGUGAAUUAUUAUUUAAUGCACAUAGUACACAAAUGUGGCAAAAGUCGAUCGGAUUGGAUUCGAGGAGAUAUAUUUAUGUGACCGCGUAUUUAUCAAAUGAAAACUGUGCACGAGGCACUAUAUAUUUACACUCCAUAAAUCGAAACGACGUAUUACCGAUUGAUUUUAUGUAAUGCCCGUUUUCUCGUCACUACUUUUAUACAGUAUCUAUACUAUAUUUAUUUUAUAUUUUUUGGUAAUUUUUUUCUAUAUUUCCUGCAUUUUUAUCUUGUAUUAUUCAAUAAUUCACUGUAAUCAAUUUUCAAUCAGAUAUCGAUUUAUUUCUGUAAAAAAAAAUAAAAUAAAAUAGGUUUUUUUUUUAUUCAUGGUACAAGAAAUCAUCGAUAUAAUACACUUAUAAUAUAUUUCUCACAUGGCUUCAAUAUAAAUUUUUAAUUUAAACGUGUUAUGCUAGUAGAAAAAUAGAAAAAUAAACGUCAAAAAUAUUUACGUGAAUACCCUAUUGAUGGAAAUAUUUUCCAGUAUAAAACCAAUAAAAAGCAAUCUGUUUUUAACAUUUUGAACACAGUAUUUUUGUGGCUGAAUGCCGAUAGUUUUUUGUUUACCCUAUUCAAUGUCAUGAUAAAAAAUUUUUGAAAUAAAUAUUUUUGACGUAUAUAUAUUCUGUUGUUUUAAUCCCUUGUCAAUACGUGAUAUUUUACAUUAUAUUUUGAAAUAUAUAUCGAGCUUAUUUUACAUAUUUUUUCUAGUGAAAAAAAAAAAAAACAAAAGUAUAUUUUUACAAUUCCAGAAAUAUAAAUUAUUAAAAGCUUUCCUAAUUAGUCAUUGAUGAUUUUUUUUUCUAUUGUUCGUAACCAUUUUAUGGAUCACUGAUUUUUUUUUUUUUUGUCUACUAAAUGCAAUGUCAAGCAUGAGCAAUAAAAAUCAAAAAAUAUUUUUAAAUAGUUUGAAUGCAAAAAAAAAAAAAAAAAAAUGAUACGGUCUGUCUUUGUUUGCAAUUUCCCGGAGGGUGAGUCCAAAGUGCAAAUGGAGAAUAUAAUAGAGAAGCGGAACAAGAGGAAGAAAGAGUCAAGUAUGCGAAAGAACAAUGUAAAAAAAAAAAAAAAGUAGUGUACUACAAGUAGGAAAACGAGAAGGAUAAUAAUAUUCAAGACAUAUAUUUAAAAAGAAAGACUUUCAGCCAAUCGACACGCACUACCACUCACAAAAAAAAAAAAUGCAAUAAUUCUUUUUGGCACAUUGACUGCAUCGAUGUAAUCUGUAGAUUUCAAAGAGUUAAAAUGAAUCACGAUAGAGAUUCAUCAACUGUAUGCAAUGAACAGGAAAUAAAAACAUUAGAAGAAGCUAGAACAAUCAUAGCUUCAUUGAGAAAUAGAAUUCGUAAUCAAACAUUACAAAUGAUUACGUGGAGAAGAACCCUUCAAACUCAGGAGGUGAUGAUGGCACAAAUGGUACGAGAAAAGGGUGAGGAACUUAAUUCUUUAACAAAACAAUUGAUGUUAUUUGAAUCACGUCUUUGUAAAAAACAAAAUGAAAUAAAUGUAAGCAUUAAACAACGUGAAGUGAUUAUUAGCCGACAACGUAGAGUCAUUAGACGACUUCAAGAACGACUUGCUGAACGAAAUAAAGCAGCUAAAUUGUCAUCAUCAAGUGAUGGAAUUAACAAUGACAAUGAUUCAGCAGUGGUGCUAGAUGAUGAUGAUGAAGAUGACGAUGAAUUAACACCAUUAAGAUUUCGUUCACGUAUAUUUGAUGUAACUUUGAUGCGUUCAAUAUCUGAUGCUUCUCAACCAUCAUACAGAGGAAGAAAAUUUAAUGGAAUAAUAACAAAUAAAGUUGGUGUAUUAGAAACUGUUUAUUCAAUUGAAGAAGAUGAAGAUCAAUUGGCUGAUCAAGAAUCAUCAGAAGAACCAGAUUGUUCAUCAGCACCAGCUGAUUCAUUAUAUGACGAGGAAAUUGGCUCAUCAUCAACAUCACAAUCAUGCUCAUCAUCAGUACCACAAUUAGAACUUAUUCAAGAAAAUCAACAAACAUCAAUUGAAACAAGUUUUGAAGAUAUUAAUGACGAUAGUUUUGAUAAUACAAUUUAUAAUAAAACAAAUGAUCAUAAUAGUAAUUUAAUUGAAAUUAAUUACAACGAAAAUCAAGUUGAUAUUAUGAAUGAUAAAUUAUAUGAUAAUGUACUUAAUAUUGAAACUCAAACUUUGGAUAAAAUUAAGCUAUCUGAUUUAAAUAUAUCUGACACAGAAAAUUUAUUGAUUCAUGAUAAUAUUAAAGACGAUAGUACUAUUAGUUCAAUGAAUAAUGUUAUGCAUAAAGUUGUAAUUGAACCAUCAUCAAUAAAAGUUGAUAAUGAUGAUGAUAAUAUUGAUGAUAAUUAUCAUAAAAAAAAUUUAUAUGUCUAUGGAAAAGAAGAAAGACGUAAUGGCAUUUGCGACUAUUUAUUUGAUGAAGCAUCUUCAAUUAAAAAUAUUAAUCAUAAUAAUGAUGAUGAUGAUGAUAAUUAUGAUGAUGCUGAUGAUAAUGAGGAAGACGAUGAAGAAAUAAAAAAUGAGACAAUAAUUCAACGACCACGUGAUGAAAGCCAACAUGCACAAGUUACAUAUAAUCGUGUUAUGAGUAAUCAUCGUUCUGUGACCAAGCCAAAAGAUGUUAAAUACAAAAGAAUAAAUAAAGCUAAAUCAAAAAGUCUUGAAGAAUUACGUGGACGUUUAAGAACGUGGGUUGAUAAGGGUGCUGCUAAUAUCACUGUUGCUGUUGUUGAUCAAUCAUCAUAUGCUUGAAAUUAAAAUAAAAAUUGACAAAUUCAUGUGGAUUAUGUCAAUUGUAAAAUAAGAGCAUUUGAAAAUAUUAGUCAAAAUAUUUUUUUAUCGCUCUGUGACUGAGUAAACAGGAGGAAUAAAAAUAGAUAUAUGAUUUUUAUAAUUUUUUUUUAUCUAUAAGAAUAUGUUCAAACAUUUUCUUUUUAAUUUUUUUAAACUAUUUUAUUUCCUCCUGAGUUUUAUGUGAUAUUUGCCGAGAGACAUCUUGUCUUUCUCGCAUUCUCCAAAGGUAUUUAUCGAAACAAAAAAAAAAAGAAAUGAAAAACAAUAAUAAGUAAAAAAAACUGUACAAAUUUUUCUUGAGCUUCGUAAUGAUAUCAUUUUUUUUUUUUUUAUUGUUAAAUCAAAUGUAAUUUGUAUUUUUAAAGAAAGUAGGCAUUACGUUUAUGACAACUAUUUUUAAAAUAAUUAAUUGAUAAAUUAUUGAAAAAUUCCAAUGCUUUUUUGCUCUGGUUUUAUAAAGUAUUUUUUUUUUUUUUUUUUUUAUAUUAUUUAUAUUUUAUUUUUAUUUUUUACGUUAAUGGGCAGUUUGUGCCAAACUCAAUGUUAAAUGAAUUUUAUAAUUUUUAAAUUAAUGCUGGAUAAUUAAUAGCAUAUAUUGCGCAAAUCAUCGAAAUAUAAAAAUUUAAUGAUGUGUUGAAAGGUGUAUAACAUAGAUAAAAGAGAAAAAAAAAAAACAUAUACAACAAAAAAGAAAGUAUACUUAUAAAAAAUUUAACUUUUUCUUUAAUGAAUUUAUACAAUGCUCUGGGAUUAUUGAAUUAACAACUGUACAUCGAGUGACAAAUUAUAAAUUAAAAAAGAAAAGUUACGUGAGAAUUGAUAAAGUUAGAAAGACUGUUUUUAAUUAGAUCAUUUUUAAGAGGGAUAAAAUAACGAGAAAUUGUUAAUUAAGAAAAAAAAAAAAAAACUAC